GUUUUCCUGCUAGGUUAAAAGCUGUUUUCUUCUAUAGGGGUCGGAAGACAGAUGCCGAUGUGCUUUGUAACACUCCAGUAUGUUGGAAUUAUCUGUACACCCUGAUCCUGCCCAAACUCAGUUUAUGUCUUCCUGGCAACCAAGAGAUUAGGUGCAAUUUUUGGAGCUGCUGGUGUGGAUUUAACCCUUAACCUGCACAUAGAAACAAAGGAACAGAGGAAUAAUACUAGGCAAGCAAUCGUAGGAGCCAUAACAUGUCUAGCCAUAUAUACCUUCAAGCUGGCUUACGAUUUUCAUAGAACUUGCGUAUGUUAGAAUGAUGUCUCACAGUCUGCUCGUUUGCGGAAUCUUGCAUUUCAUGGUCCAAUUCCCCACGUCUUUCACCAGCUGUACAACUGGCAAGGGUGAAGAAUGCAAGACAGCUUCCUUUGUCCCCGGACACAACUUGGUUGGGGAAGGAUUUGACAUUGUAAAAUUCACCCGGAAAGGUGCCUAUGUGGUGGAUACCUUGAGAUGGAGGAGGCGGGAUGGCACCUGUACAUUGUGUACCAACUCACUGCUAGAAGAAAAAGUUCAGAAGCUGCCACUGUCUGUUGUGGAUUGGCGGGUUCAGACAGAAUGUAAGCGGAAGCUCUCCAGCUCAGUUUAUGAGACUAGCUCUGCUCUGAUGGAAUCGAGUACAUCUUCAGUCAGUAAUGACUGGUCGACUGGCUUAGAAAUUACUCCAGAUCCUCAAAUCUCUACUAAACUGAUUAUGGCAGGCACCCACUCCAAGUUGGCAGAAUUCUCCCGGGAGAAAUCAAAACAAGACAAAUACAGCUUUGCCAGUCAUGAAAUUUUCUGCAAAUACUACAGGUUCAGAGUACAAGGUGAGCCCCCACGUUCAAAGAGCUUUAAUCGUUUCCUUAAAGGUCUACCAAAACAGUAUAAUCGUGAAAGCAGAGCACUUUACCGACAGGUUAUUGAUAUCUAUGGCACUCACUACAUCCGUGAUGUGAGUCUAGGUGGCAAGAUUCGGGAUGUGACAGCGAUAAGAUCUUGUGAAGCUUCUAUGGAUGGCAUCACUGCCGAUGAGCUGAAGGACUGUUUAGAGAUAGAAGCUGGUGCCUCUGUUGGUGACACUGCUAAGGUGGAUGCCAAGUAUCAAACCUGCGAAGAACUGAAGAAGAAGAGAAACCUCAAGGGAAGCUUCCACAACACCUUUAAUGAGAGAGAAUCUGAGAUAGUUGGUGGUGAUGUCUCUAACAGUCUAGACAUUCUGUUCUCAGACAGCCAGGAUGCUAGCAUUUUUAACAAAUGGACAGAGAGCCUCAAAGUUACCCCAGACAUUGUCAGCUAUGCCUUGGAACCCAUUCACUUGCUCGCAAGGAAAUCACAAAGGGAAAACCUGAAGAGGGCAGUGGAGGAAUACAUUUUGGAAAAGGCUCUCUGGAAGAAUUGCUCCAAUACCUGCCCAGAGGGCUCUCAGCCAAGCAGAAGAGACUCUUGUCUCUGUGCGUGCCAUGAAGGCAAUGGUGUCAACAGCAUGUGUUGUUCCACAAAAAGGGGUGCCGCUAAGCUAGCAGUGAUAAUCCAGAAAGCUAAUGGUCUCUGGGGUGACUACUUCACUCAAACUGAUGCCUAUGUGAAGCUCACAUAUGAAACACAUUUCUUCCAGACUCCUGUUGUACCCAAUAAUGAUAACCCUGUGUGGGAUGUUACAUUUGAUGUAGGCUUCAUCACUGCGACAGAACACACUGUUAUCCAGAUCGAGGUCUGGGAUAAGGACAACAAACAUGAUGAUAAGUUGGGGUCCUGCAAUCAGAAGAUCAUAUCAGGGGUUCACAAAGGAAUCUGUUACCUGAAUCAUGGGAGUCUGACCUUUGAGUACAAGCUAGUCUGUGGUCCACAUCUGAGUGGCAACAUCUGCCAUAAUUACAUUGCUUUUCCUAAUUAGGUUGUUGCUGUAUGUUUUAACAAUUCUUAGUUUUGUGACCACUUUAAUUAGAUACUUACAAUGGCACUAGAGGUAGCAACAUCUUCCCCCAAAUAGGUUAGGGGAGUUUUCUGUGACCUUGCAAAAAUAUCCGCUAGUCUAAGUAAAUACAACCUAGAGUGUUCCAGAUAAUGGUCAAAAGAUUUAAUGGACUUACUUAGUUAAUAACAUGCAAAAUGAAAAUAAAAAGAAAAAUUGUAGAGUUAAAGGCUGUACGGCAAAUGCAAACAAAACUAGCACAUAACAGGGAAAGCACAUGUCCUCCACUUUGGACUUGAAAAGGUAAGGAGAAGCGGACGAUUAUAAACCAAGAAUAAAUAAGAUCAAAUGGUGAACCAUAGUCAAAUCUCAUUAGUUGUGAGAUCUAAAACUCAGUCAACUAAAUCGGAAUAGAAAUAUAAUCUAAACAGAUGAAGUAGAUGGUCAAAAUAAUUGUUCAUAACUGCAAAUGAUAUAUAGUGUUAUGUACUGUCUCAGGGUGCCUCGUCUUCUCAGGAGCUGAAAUCACUUGGUGUAUGAUUUCAUGCCUCAAAGCACACACUGAUGAAUAAUGCUAUAUUUUGUUCCAUCUUACAGUCAUGUGUCAGAGGACAAAUGAUUUGUAGCAAUAAGUGCCAUUAGGUGAGCUUGGCAGAGUACUGCUAUUAGUGCAAAACCGCUAUGCUACUAACACUAGAGUUAUAGCCAAUAUUUGCCAUAAACGCUGAUUCAUUACUUGUCCCCUGUCAUGGGAACCAUUACCUAGUCUUAGCUGAAGUUAAACAGCUCCCGCUCUAGCUCACAGCAAAUCUGCCACCAGGACUUCUCCUUUACAAACUUCUCAAAGUGGAGAAAAGUCACCCUUUUCACUGGUAUUUUCUUACAGAGAAAAGCACAUCCCAAUCUUUUAGGUCGGUACGCACCAAUGUAUCUUUUAUGAUAAGUCCUCACAACAACAUUACAUGCCUCCCUUGGUUUAUUCCCUAAAUGCUAGGAAGCCCUUUACUUUUCCAUAAAAAAGGGUGAAUCCUUCACAAUUUUCUGGAAUAAUCCUAAAACUCAUGUACUUGAAUCUUGUAAAGGUAAAUACUUCCACGACUAUCUCUUCCAUACCUUUCAACCUGUUAGCACAAGAAAUCUGCACAAAACCAAAAAUAAUGGGGGAACAAAGGUGCAGAAAUCAGGGACAAUUGUUAAAUAUUGCUCAUGUCAAUUUAGAAAGUUGCUAAAAUAGCAGGUUUUGUGUUAGAAUGCAUUUUCUGAAGGACAUAAAGCUUGUGUCAUUAUUUAGUGACUUCAGUCCUCAAUGAUUAGGCAGAAAAGUACAGCUCUUAGGAAGUACAGGAUAAAAAUAUGAGACAAAAAUGUGGACAUCCGGUGAAACUCCAGACAGUUGAGCGGUAUAUCCAACCACUGUGCCUUAAACAAUAAAGUGUUGCAGCUUCAUUAACACCACCAUCAUACAAACUUUGUAAGUGAUUUUUAUUUGCCCUUCUUCCCUCUCUAUCUUCAAAUAUAAUUUCACUGUAUAUUACAUAUGUCAUUUUGUUACUUUAUUGCUUUAGUUAUAACUCCACUGAAUCCUUGCAUUUACUGGUCACUGUAUUUAACUGCAUAUAUUGUAAUUUUCCUUUUCUAUGUAGCUGUUAUGGCCAACGUUUUUGGAAUUUUCUAGAUGUUGUACUUCCAGAAUUCCACAAAUACUCAAUGGGAGGGUCAGUACUUCAUGUCAGGCAACAAAUUUUAAAUAAACAAACAAACAAACAACAAAUAAAUGUUUUAAUAGUAAUCCUUAGCCUCCUGGAAUGAGAGGUGCUUUGUAUACAGUUUUGCAAUGUUGUUAUUCCCCCAAUAGCCAGAAAGCGGAGUGGAAGUGAGACCACAUAUAUCACAUUGUAUGGUAUUCAUGAACAUAAUAUACAUGCAAACGUCUGCCUCUAAUGAUGUGUCGUGUAAUAUUUAAAGUGACUUUUUAGCAUAAACGACUCCACACACAUAUGAGGCUGGUCCCCAUGAGUACCACACAUGGAAAAAUAUUUUAGUUAAUCUGCUCAGCAAAUGGGUGUGAAACUAAUUUUGCUUAUGUUAAUCUGUUAUCUAACAGUAAGUGCAUUUCCAGUAUAUAAACUUGCUCAUGCUUGAAAA